AGGGCGUGUAUAAAUCCUGCGAUCGUUUGAUCACAUGCACAGAGCUUCGCCAUGUCUAAGGCCGUUAAGACUGCAUCUCACAUCUCAAGCAGGCUGCGGUGCCCACAGGGCAACGGGCUGGAGAGCCUGGCACCCCUCGUGACCUCUGUGGAGGAAACGCCCAACCCCAUCCCCACCACAGUAAGUGGCAACAUCCCCUCAUGGAUCAAUGGAAGCUUCCUCAGAAAUGGCCCUGCAAAGUUUGAAUUUGGAAAUGACAGAUAUGUGCACUGGUUCGAUGGUAUGGCCAUGAUGCACAGGUUCCAUAUAAGCGAUGGGAAUGUCACAUACAGCAGUCGCUUCCUCAGGAGUGACUCAUACAUCCAGAACUCAGAAAAGAACCGCAUUGUGGUGACUGAGUUUGGGACGAUGGCUAUGCCCGACCCAUGCAAAAACAUCUUUGCUCGCUUCUUUUCACGUUUCCAGAUUCCAAAGGCUACAGAUAACGCCAGUGUGAACUUUGUCAAGUACAAGGGAGACUAUUAUGUCAGCACAGAAACCAACUACAUGAGACGGAUAGACCCACAAAGUCUGGAGACAAAAGAGAAGGUGGACUGGAGUUCAUUUAUUGCAGUCAACUCUGCCACAGCCCAUCCCCACUAUGACCAAGAGGGAGCCACAUACAACAUGGGCAACUCCUAUGGCAAACAAGGCUUUUUCUACAACAUCAUUCGAGUGCCUCCUCCUGAUGAGACAGCAGCAAAGACAGACUGUGCAGACUUGAGCGGGGCCAAAGUAAUCUGCUCCAUCCCUGCCGCUGAACCCAGGAAACCGUCCUAUUACCACAGCUUUGUCAUGUCUGAGAACUACAUUGUGUUUGUGGAGCAGCCAAUCAAACUGGAUUUGCUUAAGUUCAUGUUGUACCGGAUUCAGGGCAAAAGCUUCCAUAAAAUCAUGACCUGGGAGCCCAAAUACAACACUAUCUUCCAUCUGGUCAACAGACAUACAGGCAAGAGAAGUAAAGUGAGGUACGAGUGUGCACCUAUGUUCGCCCUGCAUCAGAUCAAUGCAUAUGAAGAAAAUGGGUUUCUGGUGAUGGACAUGUGUUGUGGAGAUGAUGGAGAGUUGAUUGGAGAGUUUACAUUGGAGAAUAUUAAAAGAAAAUCCGGAGAGGAAAUGGAUAAGUUUUACAAUAGCCUAUGCAGAAACCUUCCAAGGAGAUAUGUCUUACCUCUGAACGUUGAUGAAGAGAUGCCACUGGACCAAAAUCUUGUGACUCUCAGUGGUUAUACAGCCACAGCUGUUAAGACCAAGUCCAAUGAGGUGUUUUUGAUUCAUGAGGAGCUACAUGAUGACACACUGCUGCAGUAUGGGGGCCUUGAGUUCCCUCAGAUCAACUACUCUCAGUACAACGGCCGACCCUACCGCUACUUCUACUCCUGUGGCUUUGGACAUGUCUUCAGUGACUCCCUACUCAAGAUGGACGUCCACACAAAGGAACUAAAGGUGUGGCGUUAUCCUGGUUUGUACCCGUCUGAGCCUGUCUUUGUAGCUUCGCCCAAGGCCACUGAAGAGGAUGAUGGAGUGGUCUUGUCUGUCAUCAUCACUCCAAGAAGAGAGAAAAGUACUUUUCUGUUGGUUCUGGAUGCCAAGACAUUCACAGAGCUGGGCAGGGCUGAGGUGCCUGUCAAUAUUCCAUAUGGGACCCAUGGUGUGUUUAACGAGAUGGGCUAGACAUGCGCCUGUCUCCAGCAAAUGUCUGAAAUAGAUCCAGUGUAUCUCUGCUGCUAUCAUUUGCUCUAAACAUCUUCUACUGUAAAUAAAAGAACUCAGUGAUGUCCUGAUUUGUCCUGCCAUUACGGUUAGAAAGAUGACAAUCUCACAAGAUGGGAAGUCCAAAGUGGCCUCUGAAAACUGAUAAACUUUGUCCUCUGUACGGUCUUACCGCUCUCCAGUCCUGAGUGGAAUUUUCCAAAUA